AUGAUGGUCCGAUGGGCUUCCGCCAUUUCCCGCAACCACCUGCGAGCUGCUUUGCUUAACGGUGGGCGGGGCUCUACCGUUAGAUCGACGGUUCAUCCGAGCAGGUGCCUUUGGACACAUCGUCGUGGCGGUAAUCACCAUUCAGAUGAUAGGCAACUGCUUCAUGCCAAUCUCCUUUCGAGCUGUCUAAAUCGACAUACAACGGGCGAUCCAGCCUCUGGUGUUGCAGCAACUCAAAACUUUCUCGUCCUCGUCAAUUAUAAUAUUCAGUAUUGUCUGGCUUGCCAGUGGCAGUUCCAUAAACUGAACUGGGUCGACGAGUGUACACCUUUCUUUCACAAAUUGGAGCAAGAUGUGUCGCAAGACGGUUUUCCAUUCUUCAGAAUGUACAAGCAGCCCAUCAUCAUCCAGCGUUCUCGUUCUUGA